AUGGGGGUCCUUAAGCUUUGGCCGUUUACCAAAGAACAAGGAUACAUUGCGCCCAUCAGAGCAUUUCCUACCAUCCCUCCACCAAACACUCAGUAUCACAUUGACAUUCUUGGCUCUUUCUUUUCAGUCAUUCGCCGCUGUUUCCUCCACCCAAAUACGACAGUCGCAUGUGUCAAGUUUGAACAGCAUUUGAUCUCCCGUCUAUUCCCCAAGUCAACAACAAUCCUUCACAUGGACGGACCUUCUCCUGUUGAAAAGAACGCCACCAACAUAAACCGACAAUCAAAACGCGACAAAGCUCUCACCAAAGGCAACCAACUUUUGACCAUAAUAGAGGAGACUCUCAACAACCACGGAAAAUUAAGGAAGCAACAGUUCAAGACCCUCAACAAGGCCAUUGUCGAUUCCUUCUAUCUUACCCAUGAGCUUCGACAAGCUCUUGUCCAACACCUUCGCGCAAGUGGCUGGAUCGUCUGUGGUUGCCGCUCAGAAGCCGACACCUGCAUCGGAUCCAGUUACAAACAGGACGACGUCGUCAUCACCCGUGACAGUGACGCGCUAGUUUACAGCAACAUCAACACCAUCUGGAGACCUUUCGGUCGUGACCGAUACCUUGUCUACCAUGUCUCUGACCUGUUACGCCAACUUGAGCUUUCAAGAACAGGACUGACCACUCUUGGAAUUGUCACUCAGAACGAUUACGGCAAGGGUGUCCACAAGAUGGGAGUCAAGGGAAACUUCAAGGUCAUUCGGGCUCUGGAGACAGAAGACACGUUAAAAAAUGCGAGUGUCCAAGAGCUUGUUGAUGCCUAUUUGGAGAACACUACCGUGUCUAGCAAGCACCCUAUUGAGAGAAUCUUCGACUCGGCUCUUCAGAUAUUCACUCUCCAACAAUUCACGCCUCUGACCCUACCCCACAUUCAGAAUCCCAUUAACGAGCUACAGGAGAUGACCCAAAGGCUGGCAGACAAUUCGCUUGCGCCUCAAAAUCAGCCGAAAAACAUCAAAAUCGGCCACUGGUGGUAUCAGGAGCGCUACGCGGUCAAGACGAGAUCACGUCUCAUCUCACACGAGAAGCCCGAUAUAUUCAAGCAGUACGUCUGGAAGCUUCCAAAAGAGAAUGCCGAGUCAGCCAAAAACCCCAACAGCACCACCAGUACCGGCACCAGUACCGAGGCAGGACCCAAUACCGAGGCAGGCCCCAGCACCAACGUCGGCGCCACCAGCCCCCGACCGAGAAAGAAACAAAAGUCUACCCCCAAAAAAGAUCAACCUGCAGCGGAUAAGAUGACCAAGUUUCAGCUCGUCAAAGCCAUGCAACGUGAACACCCUCUUCGAACCUUGGACAUUGGAACCCUGAAGGCGAAUACAUCUCGAGCACUAAAGAAGGAGAUUCCUUACGACGCGGAAUUACAGCAAAAGCUCCAGCAUGCGAUCACCACAUGUCUCUCGGACAUCUCUAAACUCGCUUCGAGAACGAAACGUCGUUGUCAACAGGCAGUCGGUCAAUACCUCGAAAACCUCUCUGUCGAUCACCUUGACGAGGUCGACAGAACCAUUUUCAGCUACUUAACCCCUUACUUCUCGGUCCAGGAGAUCGAGGAGGCCAAAAACGGCAUCACCCCGAACCCAGAAGAGAAGCCAUCUGACAACAAGAACAACCCUCAGGCAAGCAUCGACAACAAGAACUCUCCAGAAGCAUUUUUCUUAUCGCUUCUGGUUGCCAUCUACAAGGCUAGCGCUCCUCAGAAAACAAAGAAUGCGUGUGCAUCUGCGGCUGUGGGCUUGUUCUUACACAAAGCCAAAGACUAUUUGCCACCGAAAACUGGCAGUGAUUCAGCAGCAGAAGAAGAAGGGACUCUUGCCCGAGAGCGCUCCAGAUCAUUUCAAUCCAGACAAGGCCCCAACGGAGAACUUCAUCAUUCUGAACAGGACGAUCGGAAGAAGCUGGCGAUUAUCACCAAUGUCACCCGUGGAAGAAAGUUCAUCAAUCUCUCAGAGGAUGAGCUGGUCAGGAUCUUCUGGCCGGACGUGACCCUACGGAAACAACUACAGAGUUACGCCCAUCCAACUCUCCCAUCUUUCACCGACCCCACCCGUAUUCCUCAGAAGGAUGUUGUUGGUUGGCUCAAAAACCUCGACCCAGGUGAGCUGAUCAACAGGCUUUUGACCGAUAUUGGAAGAUUUACAGAGGAUGAGAGGAGGAAACGGAAGGACUGGUCACGAUCCGCGCACCGUAUGUCGGUCGGUGAUAUGACUGUUCACAUCUCCAACAUUCAGGACAAAGAUUUUAAUCUCAAGGCUUCGUAUUCGAGUAAGGGCUAUGCUCUCCGAGGAUCGAUCAAAACGGACGGGUAUCGGAUCCAGUUGCUCGCCUUCAAAUUGAAUGAACUCAGUUGUGUCAAGUACCGACGAUUGAGUGAGGACAAGCUACCAGACCCACUAAUAUCGACGCUUGGAGGCACCGACCACUACCUCACGGAGAUUCGUAACGUGGUCAAGACAACGGAGGACAAGGCCGUCUACCAGCCAACGUUUAAGCACAGACGAUGGCUCGAACAGAGGAAGGGACGUGCAGUCGAGGGCACGGAAUUAAUUGCUCACAAGGAGACCAACUUGCCGUCGCUCCAUGGACCAGAAGCGUCGAUCGCCGAAUAUGUCAACCAGCCCAGGGUUGUGGAGACGGAUCUCGAGACAUUUUACAACAAUGUCACUCCAAGCUCUAACCCUACACCUUUUGGUUUGCUUUAUUACGGUCUAGUCAACUUUGUGAUUACCAAGGCCUUGCUGGUAUCCGUGUUGCCUGAAGAUAUUUCAAGUGAUGUUGUCAAAUACAUCUUUCCGGAUGCGAAGCCAUCAUGCAUCUCGCCCUCGGAACAGAAUUUUGGGGCGCAGUUGUGUGCACAGUCAGCAACGUGCGACUUUGUGACCACUCAGGAAUGGUUUAAAGAGGACCAGGCGAUCAGGAACUCGAUGGUACACCGUGCUGUGUCCAAUUUCUUCAGCGAGGCUAGCCUAUGGGCUCACACAAACUGGUAUCAGCUAGGGGGAGGCAAUAACGAGGAUACAUUCACAAGCGCCCUCUUGGAACCCAUUCUUGCCGCGGCAUUCGGCAUGUUUGCUGACUACAAGAAGCUGGUCGUCAUGGGCAAGAAGGUCGUCGACGGUCUCUUUCAAGAUGGGUUAUCUACCCCUGUCAUUCUGAUUCACGGACAAGGCAUGGAAAUUGAUGUCUACAGCAUCAGUCUAUGCUCGGAGGCAUUUUACCCGCUGACAAGUCUGGGGAAGUUUAGGCUAGUGUCGAGCCCAUACGAGUUUGGACUAUUGCUUGGUACCAGCACCCCUCUCUUGCCCAAGAUUGGUGAUUUAUUUUCUCUGGAAGUUGACGACCAAGACAAGUACCGGGCGACUCACAAACCCAAGCUGGCAGCCAAGCUACAACGCGCAAGAGAUGACCUAUUCACACAGCUUUCUCACACCAAGUCCCGGCGGAUGUCGUCGGCCUACGUGACGGCGGCUCAGUCUCCACCUAUGAGUACAAGUGGGGACAGUGUGGCCAAGAGGGUUCUGUCACUUGUCCUCUUUACUUCCGGCAAGACCACUGUGACCUUUUCGACGGCGACAACCAAACACCUUCGUCACUUUGUCUCUCUCUCCGUAGGCCCUGAACCCCCACCGCUCACGUCGUCUUUUUGCCCCGAGAUCGGCUCCAAGUCCUGCUGGCGUAAGUUCUGGCGCGCCAAGUUUCCUCACCGCGCCUGA